UGUAAACCAGAGAGAUGGGGCUUCUUAUUUUAUAGUUGAGGAGACUGACGUUCCCAGUCCCAUGUCAGGUGCACCUACAGCGACCAAACCGGGAUUUCCUCUCCUCCGGCAGCCCCAAGCAGCACCCCAGGCAGAUUAGACUUUCCUUUACUUCGUCAAGGGAGGUGAGUGCCCUGGAGGUGGGUCACCGCUCGAGAAGGGGGGAGUAUAAGGGCCCAGGCCCUUCUUUCUCGGCACACCAUGAGCAGGCUUGAGGAACCAGGCUAGUUUAGGGGAUUCAAUCCCGGUAUGUUCAUCCUGAAGAGGACGGCAGGUGCCCGGGUAACCACCUCACCUGCGCUCAGAAGACAGAAGUCCCCCACCCCCAGGAGAGGAGGAUGAAGAGUUGGCCACAGGAUCAAGCAGGUUGGGAGAAUACGGAGUGAGGGGAGUAACUGCGGGCCGGGGGCCUUCGGCUUUCCAGGACAGCUUUCUCCGGGGCUAGCUGGUGUGGGGGUGGAGUGGGAGCGGACGGGGCGGGCCCGCGGUGGCCCCAGGGCGGCGGCGCCGGGCCGGAGGGGGUGGGGAGGAGCAGCCGCCCUGUACUUCCCCUUCGCCGCUAGCUCUACAACAGCCUGAUUUCCCCGAAAUGAUGGGGCGGCACCGACCAAUAGGCGCCCUCGCGGCUCUUUAGGAGGCGGGGCCCGGCCUGGGUUGGGGGAAUCCCGCUAAGUGUUUAGAUUUCUCGCCGGCGCCGCUGCCCCGGCAGAGCGCGCCACUCCUUCGUCGAGGCAGGACGUGCGCCUAAACCCGGUCGAGCAGAGGCCAGCCAGAGCUGUGCCAAGCCAAGGCCAGCCGUGCCCAACGGCCCCUCGACCCGGGCAUCCUCUGCCUUCCCGCGCUACCUCCCGGAACUGCGCUCCCGGCGCGGACACAGCUGCCCCCAGCCGCGCCAGGACCUUCGGGCGCCGCGGCUGGAUCGCGCCCGCUGCAGAGCCAACAUGCCCAUCACUCGGAUGCGCAUGAGACCCUGGCUAGAGAUGCAGAUUAAUUCCAACCAGAUCCCAGGGCUGAUCUGGAUCAAUAAAGAGGAGAUGAUAUUCCAGAUUCCAUGGAAGCACGCUGCCAAACAUGGCUGGGACAUUAACAAGGAUGCCUGUCUGUUCCGAAGCUGGGCCAUUCACACAGGCCGAUACAAAGCAGGGGAAAAGGAGCCAGAUCCCAAGACGUGGAAGGCCAACUUUCGCUGUGCCAUGAACUCCCUGCCAGACAUUGAGGAAGUGAAGGACCAGAGUAGGAACAAGGGCAGCUCAGCCGUGCGGGUCUACCGAAUGCUCCCGCCCCUCACCAAGAACCAGAGGAAAGAGAGGAAGUCCAAGUCCAGCCGAGAUGCUAAGAGCAAGGCCAAGAGGAAGCCAUGUGGAGACUCCAGUCCUGAUACCUUCUCCGAUGCGCUCAGCAGCUCUACCUUGCCGGAUGACCACAGCAGCUACACCGCCCAGGGCUACAUAGGGCAGGAUUUGGAGGUUGAGCGGGACCUAACUCCAGCACUGUCCCCAUGUGCCGUUACUAGUACGCUUCCUGACUGGCACAUCCCAGUGGAAAUUUUGCCUGAUAGCACCAGUGAGCUCUACAACUUACAGGUGUCACCCAUGCCCUCCACUUCAGAAGCCACAACUGAUGAGGAUGAAGAAGGGAAAUUAACUGAGGACAUCAUGAAGCUCUUGGAGCAGACAGGGUGGCAGCCAACAAACGUGGAUGGGAAGGGGUACCUGCUCAAUGAACCCGGGGCCCAGCCCACCCCUCUCUAUGGAGACUUCAACUGCAAGGAGGAGCCAGAAGUUGACAGCCCUGGAGGGUAUAUUGGACUGAUAUCUUCAGAUCUGAAGACCAUGGACCCCAACUGGCUGGAGGGCCUGUUGCCCCCAGUCAGACUGCCCUCUAUCCAGGCCAUUCCUUGUGCGCCAUAGCUGCACCCCAGCCCCCUUUAACUCCCCUAGGCAAGCAGGACCUGGCAUCACGGUAGCUGUGAUGCAGAGAAACAGGACUCCUGUGGGCUCCUUGACAUGGCAGAGUGUUACUCCACUGCUGAGCAGGGAUGGGGCCUCCCUCCUUAGGAUAGUAACCUCUUGCAGUCAGUCAGGCCAUGGUCUGGGCUUAUCUUGCGGGGUAAAGCUGGCCCUGGCUCCUGGGAAGAUGGGGUUCUGAGAAGGACGUGUCAGGUGGAGGUCUCAGAGAGGAGUCGGCCUCCAGCUUUUCCCUCUAAGCCCAGCUGUUGAGAGAGGGUCUCACUGUCACUGAGGUGGCCCAAGGGAACAGACCAGUGACCUCAGAAAAACACAGCACUGACCCCAGGGCUGGCUCUGCACUAAGAGACGAUUGCACUAAGUGAAUCCUGUUCCCAAGGAACCCCCUCCCUUCCCACCUGAGCCCUGGGGACUGUUCCAAAGCCAGCAAAAUGUGAAGGAAAAUGGGGCCCUGCAGGACAGUGCUCCCUCAGCCUCAGAGGAGCUCUGUCCUGCUCGGGCUGAGGGGCUUGGGAAAAAAAAUGGCACUUUUUCUGGUGGACCUUGCCACUUUCCUGAUCAAGGUGUACACUAACGAACCCCCAAGCUCUCAGCCUUGCAUUUAUUUAUAUUGUGCCUUGCCCUGCGCCCACCUGCCCCACUCAGGCAGGCCCCGGCAGCCCUCAGCAGGCCCUGGGAGGGAAGUGUGAGCGCCUUGGUAUGAUUUUUAAAAUUGGAAAUGUCAUCUAAUCACUAAAUCAUGUGUGACCACAUACAUACAUGUGUGUAAAUAUGUACAUUUGUCUUUUUAUAAAAAGUUAAUUGUUUAUAAA